GAGUUGUUGUAAGGCCGUAACUGCUUACUAUUUUCAUUGUCAUGUAGACCUAAAUACUGAAGAUAAUCACAUAUUUUCUUUAUCGUCACGGCUUGGAUUUUCUUAUUUCCAUAUGGGUUACCAGCAGAAUAUUUAUUCUGUAGACUUGCUCUAUUGUGAUUCUCAAUAUUUUCGAGUUCCUAUGGCAUAUUUAUCAACUCUGUUGAGUUACGGGGAUCCCAUAUCUGCAACUGUUUAUAGCUGUUAUAUCAGAACUUGGAAAUAUAUAGAAUUUUAUUAUCAUGCUGAUUUACUCUAUAGGAAUUCUCAAUUUAGUUGAGUUCCUAUGAUGGUGUAUUUCUCAAUUUUGUUAAGUUAUUAAAUGUGGUUGUAUGUCAAUGCCAUUCAUAAACUUCUAUUUUCGGUAGAUAUAACAGGCAAAAGGUUUGGACAUUUCAUAUCGGUAGUCUUACUGAGAGAUGAUAGUAGAAUUGUCCCAGGUUUGUUUUGUAUUACCAACACUGGUUGCCGCUGUGGCGACUAGGCCAGUAACUGAAAAUGUUGCCAUUUCAUUGGAUACCCAGUAAAUUUGACCUGCAAUAUACUGAUGCACUGGAAAAAGCUAUCUUGACGUGUGUCAAAAGGAGCCAUUUUGAAGCAUUUCGAGUAAUGGUGUUUGCCUAUUUAGAAGGGCUCAUAAUUAUUCGCCUUUUGUCCCAAACUUGCAUCAAGACGUGCUUUAUUUGUUUUGAUGAAUAAGAAAGUGUGUCAUGAUUAUUCAUCUUUUUUUUAACUUCUUUUCUCGAGUUCAUCUUAUUUCUUUUAUUUUAAAAUGAGACAGACUUUCGUGCGGCAAAAGGUCACUCUGUCAUCUGUUCCUCCUUCUAAUCCAGUGAAAGAAGGAAGCGAUGCCAGUCACACAAAGGUCGAGUCAGUCCAAUAUGGAAGUGAACUUAGAGAAUGCGGCACUCUGUUUUCUGAAUGCUGUGAACAGGGGCAGAACUGCUACUUGUUUGAUGAAUCAGAAAAGGGAGGUCACACUAACAGAAUGUAUUGCUCAAUGGAAUGUGACAUUAGCGAAUCAAAUGAAUCGAGUCCCAUUGGGAGCUCAGAAAGUCACACUAAUGCUAAUGGUUGCUGCUGUCAAAUAGACAGUGAAAAGAAGUCUUGCUGCAGACCUUCCAAAGUGAAUGAUAGUUCAGCUGGAGGGGUUCUUCGUUAUGCUUUGCACCUGCGUUUUCUGAGCCCCUUUUCCAAGAAAUCAUCAAGAUCGAUGCAGCGGACCAAACCUGGCAUGUCAUCAGAACUACUCAAUCGAAGUACCGCGACCGAGGAAGAGAGGCGAUUUUAUCUCUACAAUGAUAUUAGAGUUGUGUUUCCUCAAAGGCACUCAGAUUCAGACGAAGGCGAGGUAUGUAGAAACUGAGAUCACUCUAGGUUGUGUAGCUAUCUCUUUUCACACAAC